GACAUCACUGGUUAAUAAUUGUUUGGGUUGAGUUUCGAAAUCAACUACUGAUUUCAAAGAUUUAAUGGUAACCAGAGUGCAAUAAUAGUUAUUGGAUGCUGGGUUGAUGGGAUCUGAAAUCUAAAACUUAUGUCGAUUGUUUGCUGCUUGGAAUUGAUUAAGAACAUUUGAACGGACUGAUAUGAGGAGAAAUUCUGAACUUCCAUUAUUGAGUUCUUAUGAGUUCAAAAUCGAAUUAAAGCUUUACGUUUUUUUUCUUUCUAUUUUUUGAGUUCAGUCGCCCUUUUAGUGUGUAACACGCGAGUGCCAGCCAAACGACCCCUAAUAGUUUAGUUAAUGGAAUCUUGACUUUUAAAAAAAAAUUAAAAGACUUUCUUUUUCCUGUUCAUCACAAAUAAGUAAAGUUGAGUCAUUGUUGUUUACUCACAUUCUUUACUCCUCAGUCCAGAAAACCAUCGUUUUGCUCCCAAAUUCUCUUAUUCUGAGUUGACAUGUCUACCAGACGCCAUCAAUCUGAUGAAGAUCCUCCGGUUAUCAAACUUAAGGUUAUGAUUGACAAGACUAGAAACCGAGUAAUCUUUGCAGAGUCGGACCAUGAGUUCAUUGAAACACUAUUUUCAUUCUUAACAGUCCCUUUAGGCGCAGUCCUAAGACUUCUUGAUAAAGAUAUGGUUCAACUGGGGUCCAUUAGCCGCAUCUACGCCAGUGUUUAUUCUCUUGAGCCUAGGUUCUUGCGUACAAGCUAUUGCAAAUCCAUGUUGAUCAUGCCCCGAAACGCAUCAGAAGUUCAAUGUGAAAAGUUGAAGCUCAAUGUUGAUCAUUCAGAGAUUGCAGGGAAGUUGUUUGCAUGUUCUUCAUACUCUUGUGAUGACUUUUAUAGUCUCUUUGAGAAUGCACAUUGCCGUUGUGGUUCUCCAAUGAGAUCACCAAGAAGUGUUAACAUGAAGGGAGAGGAUACAAGUUCUGGGGGAGAAGGUGGGGAUGGAGUUUUUCUGAAGAGUGGUGCAGCGAGCUUUAUGAUCACUGAUGAUUUACAGAUAAUGCCAGCCUCAACUGCUAGCUUAACUGCUUUGUUUGAAAAGCUUGGUGUCAGUGACAAGAACGAAAUCGAGGCAAAGACCGUAGAAGUUGGCACUAAAGAGGUGCUUCAACUGCUGAAAGUUUCAUUGCUCUCCAAGACACCUUUGACAAAUAUGGUAUUGAAUAGCCAGGGGAAUUGGGUGAAAGAUACAUCAAAGUUUGAAGAUUCCCUAACUGCCAAGUUAGACAAGAAGGCCGUGUCUCAAAACUCAAAUAGUGUGAGCCUGAAGCUUAUAGUAAGCAAAAGUAAGCAAAAAGUUCUGUAUGCGGAAGCUGGGGUCAAGCUUGUAGACUUCCUUUUCAGUUUCCUUGCCUUCCCUUUAGGGGCUGUGGUAAAGCUUCUAGGUGGCAACUCAAGACUUGGGUGCAUCGAUAAUUUGUACAAGGGUGCUGAAAAUUUGAGUUCAGAAAACUAUAUGAAAUCAGAAGAGUGCAAAACUAGGCUACUCUCUCCGAAAUUGUUCCCAUACUCUGGUUUUGACAGUCAUAUUCUUCGGGUGGAAGAGGAAUGCCCAAAAUACAGAUAUGAUCGCUAUGGAGGUUUAGAAUUAGUAAGGAACGCUAAAAAAAUCGAGGAAUCAUCGAUAGAAUAUGAGGAAAAAGCAAGCAAUUUAGCUGUCACUUUGGAAUCAAUAGAGUCUGAGGAAGAAGCUAGACGUUUGGCGAUCAUUUUGGACCCGAAAUCUCCAUCAGGAGAAACUAUAAAGGGUGAAGGAUACUUGAAAGGACCUGCAACAUUUAUGAUAUUGGAUAAUCUUCUAGUGACUCAGUUUUCCUCUACCUCAAUCAUAACUCUUCUUAAUCAAAUGAAGGUGUCAACCAGUGACUUGGAGGAGCGCACUGUAUUCAUUGGAGAGUAUGAGGCCUUGAAUUUGCUGAAAGCUUCUUUAAUCUCAAAAACAGUUCUAAAUGAUGUUUUCAACAGAAGAGAACCCUAUCCCAAGGUUAUGCUUAAAGUGUGAACUUAUAAACGCGAAGGAGACGCGAUCAUCAUGGUGUGUGUAUUUGCUUAUAUUGAGAUUUGGUCUAAGAGAUGUUAUUGCCAUAUAGACUAUUGUGUGAUUAUAUCACAUCUACUGUUGAUUGUAUAUGUAAUAUGUACAUACUAGCCACCACAUUGCUUGAACCCGAGUGAGUAGGCUGUGGAUGAAAUUGGCUAUGCCAACAAAUCUUGUCUUCUUAUCUAGUGGCAAAUGUCAACUAAUUGUGGCUGUUACAGUGUUGCAUCUUAUUACUACUUUUUUUGGUUCCAAAACA